ACGAAGCGGACAGUUGAAAGUAUCUUUUUCGUUAAAAUACAAGGACUAUAGGAAAGAAAGAAGUAGACACAAAGAAAAGUCGAUUCAUUCUUUUCGUAUUAAGAGUAAAGACGUUUCAUAUCUUUUAUAAAUUGCUCUGAUGAAAGCAACACGUGUUAUUAAAUAAUUUUAGUUCCAAAUUAUUGGCGCGAUCAAAAAUAAGCUGUAACUUUGGAUGUCAUCAUAUGAAGUAACAAAGUACGACCAGUAUAUAUUCGUGUGAAAUCUCGUGUAACAAUCGUUGUGGUAUAAUAUCAAUCGAGGUAUAAUUACCUUUGCUCAAAUGAACAAAAAUGAUUCGAUGAGCAGAUACGGGCCUCUCGUCGGCGCGAUUGACGAGGGCACGAGCAGUGCUAGAUUUCUGGUUUUUGCAGCGAAUACAGCAGAAAUCUUAACAUAUCAUCAAAUCUCAAUAACACAAAUAUUACCAAAAGAAGGAUGGGUUGAACACGAUGCUUUAGAAAUAUUAGAAGCAGUUAGGGAAUGCCUUAAACAAACUGUACAAAAUUUAAGACAAUUAACGAUAGAUCCAGCUGAUAUAGUUGCAAUUGGUAUAACAAACCAGAGAGAAACUACAGUUGUAUGGGAUUCUGUCACAGGAGAGCCAUUUUACAAUGCCAUAGUAUGGAUGGAUAUGAGAACCACAUUCAUUGUGGAUGACUUAUUAAAGGGUAUACGUAAUAGAGAUAACAAUUACUUGAAGCCACUUUGUGGCUUGCCAAUUAGCCCCUACUUUAGUGCAUUAAAGUUGAAAUGGUUGUUGGAAAAUGUACCUCAGGUUCAAGAAGCACUGAUUGCGAAACGUCUUAUGUUUGGCACCAUUGAUACCUGGUUAAUUUGGAAUUUGACUGGUGGUGCUAAUGGUGGUGUUCAUUGUACUGAUGUUACAAAUGCUUCGAGAACAAUGUUAAUGAAUAUUGUGACUCUGCAGUGGGAUCCCACUCUACUAUCUUUUUUCAAAAUACCUAUGGAGAUUUUACCUGAAAUACGAAGUUCCUCUGAGAUUUAUGGUUAUAUACACGAUGAAUUGCUACAGGGUGUUCCUAUAUCUGGGUGCUUAGGUGAUCAACAAUCAGCUUUAGUAGGUCAAAUGUGUCUACAACAAGGACAAGCAAAAUGUACUUAUGGCACUGGUUGUUUUCUUCUUUAUAAUACUGGCACAGCUAUUGUGGAUUCAGCUCAUGGUUUAUUAACAACAGUUGCUUAUCAAUUAGGACCACAUGCUUCUCCAAUAUAUGCUCUUGAAGGAUCUGUUGCUGUCGCAGGUGCUGUUAUACAAUGGCUGAAAGAUAAUCUUGGAAUACUGACUAAUAUAAAAGACUGUGAAACUAUUGAAAUGCCAAUGGACAAUCGCAUUGUUUUUGUACCAGCAUUUUCUGGGCUAUAUGCUCCAUAUUGGAGACAAGAUGCACGAAGUGUCAUAUGUGGUAUCACUGAAGAUACUACUAGCGUACAUAUUAUAAAAGCAGCUCUGCAGGCAGUAUGCUUUCAGACGAGAGACGUUUUGGAAGCUAUGAAAGAAGACACUGGCAUGGUGUUGUCAAAACUGUUGGUAGAUGGUGCAAUGACCACUAAUGAUUUAUUAAUGCAAAUGCAAGCCGAUAUCAGCGGAAUUCCAAUAGUUAGGCCACUGAUGUGUGAAACUACUGCACUCGGCGUCGCAAUUGCCGCAGGAAGCGCGGAAGGAAUACGCAAAUGGGACAUAAAAAUUGAUGCUGCCGUUCCCAGUGAUACUUUCUUGCCGUCGAUAACUGAAAAUGAACGUGAUGUUUUAUAUUCUCAGUGGAAAAUGGGUGUUGAGAGGAGUUUAGGUUGGGAGUUACUUCCAGAAACAGAUAAUGAUACAAAAGAUAUACAUAGAGCAACUGCAUUCGGCGUAUUUAUAAUUACCUCCAUAAUAGUGCUUAUGGUUGCUAAGUACAAAUCUAAUUUAUAAUGAUUCAUAUAUGUAGUAUUGUGUACUACAUAUUCCAUUUAAGCAAGACAUAUUCAGUGCAACUGAAAUUAUUAUUUAAGCGUGACAUAUUACUUUAUAUCCAUGUAAACGUAAUAUUUAUUAUUGAUUUUAAAAAAGAUCGGAAAUAAAAAGUGCCAGACCAGCGUAAAAAU